AUGGAGGACUUUAUGAGACAUAAGCCCUCCAAGUUUGCGAGCAAAUCCUCUCCAGAUGAAGCCGAUGCUUGGCUUAAAGAGUGUGAGAAAAUCUGUCGGGUGAUUGAUUGUACAGAUGAUCAGAGGCUUUCAUUUGUCUCUUUCCUGCUGGUAGCUGACGCAGAGUACUGGUGGACAGGCAUGCAGCAACUCAUACAGACCCGGGGGGAGGAGGUUACAUGGACUUCCUUCAGAGAGAGAUUUCUGGAGAAAUAUUUUCCAGUUAGUGCCAGGCAUGAGAGGGAGGCAGAAUUCCUCACAUUCCAGCAGGGGAACCUGACUGUGCAGGCAUACACAGACAGGUUCGAGUAUUUGGCCAGGUUCUACACACCUACUGUUACCGAGGACUGGAGAUGCCGAAAAUAUAAGGACGGGUUGAAACACGAGUUGCACCGCUUUAUUGUACCUCUCCGGAUCAGGGAGUUCCCAGUUUUGGUGGAGCAGGCCAAGGCUGUAGAGCAGCUGGAGAUAGGGCCCAACAAAGGGGCUCGACCACAGAAGACUACCUCGGAUUCACGGCAGCAGAAGAAGCCGUAUGAUAGGCCACAAAGAUCGGCUAAGAAACUACAGUGCUACAACUGUGGUGGGGAGCAUUAUCGGAGGGAAUUUCCAAAACCCUCAGGCAGUUCCAACGGUGGUGGUGGUGGUAGUGGUAGCACUGACAAGUGCUACCUUUGUGAUCAGAUGGGCCAUUUUGCACGACACUGCCCGAAUAAGAAACCAACUGGAGGUGCACCAGCGAAGAAACCAGUAGGGGAUCGACCUAGAGCCCCUGGUCAUGUUUUUGCCUUGACGACUACCGAGGCCGCCCAGUCAGGUAACCUCGUGCAGACUACUUGUUUGUUAUUUGACCAUGAGGUUGUUGUGUUGUAUGACUCAGGAGCUACCCAUUCAUUCGUAUCCAAUGAAUGCAUGAGGAGGCUCGAUCUAGUAAUGCGAGAGCUGGCGUGCGAAUUAAUUGUUGCGACACCAACGUCGGGAGAGGUAUCCACCACGUCUGUCUGUGUGGGAUGCCCUAUAGAGGUGGCAGGCCGCAGGUUCAAGGUGAAUCUCAUUUGCUUACCAAUGGAAGGGUUAGAUGUGAUUCUGGGUAUGGAUUGGUUGGCCAGCAACCAUGUGGUGAUUGAUUGCGGGCAACGCAGGGUGGUGUUUCCAGAUGCAGAAGGACUGGAAUUGAUAUCAUCCAACCAAGCAGAGAAGGAGAUUGAAUCGGGGGCUACAUGUUUUAUGAUAGUAGCUCAGACGGAGAAGAAGAGUACUGCCAAGAAGAUUAGUCUGAUUCCUGUGGUGGAUGAAUACGCGUAG